AAUAUCGCAAAUGAUUUCACGUGUAAUUCAAUAAUUAAAACACAAAAAGCAUAACAAAUAUGAAAGCAAUGAAUAAUUGUUUUAAUGAGUUAUUUAAAACUAAAUCAUAUUUUUAACCAAACAAUGAAUAACUAAACGAUUAUUUAAUUGAUAUUACAUUUUGUUUGUAUUGUUUGCGAUUGUAUUGAAUGAAUGGCUAAUAAAAAGGGAAACAAAAAAUCAAACAAAAAGUCAAACAAAGUUCACAACAGAAACGUCAACAACAAACAUGUGGUCAACAAACCGGUGGCCAAAUCGGGUCACACGCGUACUGAGACAACAAAAUCGACUUCAGUGACCAACGGUAGACUAUCGCCGAAAGUGGCCGCCGAUGUGUUUGGCGCUUCCGACAGACGUUUAGACGUGAGAUGUGAUGAGAAGACAGCUGUCGAUACCGAGUCAUUGACACCGAAAAUGAGUGCCAAUUGGUUGACCACAUAUCCACCCAAAGGAUUGAAUAAUAUGGGAAACACUUGUUUUCUUAAUUCAGUUCUUCAGGUGAUUUCGGAAACACAUCUUUUGUAUGAAGUACUGAACGAGCGUUCAAACGAUGGUUAUGUCUAUUCUGCUAAAAGUCUGGCGAAUCCAUGUCAGUGGUCACCCGAUCACCGAUACGAUGAAGAGAUGGACAUCACUUUGAAUACGUGUUAUCCCUUAACCGCAAAUGUUAUUCAUUUUAUGCGUGAUAUGCGAUCAGAUAAUCGGAAAACUAUAUCACCCGCUAAAGUAUUGCAAAGUAUCCGUAAAGACUGGAAUCAGUUUGACGGGUGGUCUCAACAGGACUCACACGAAUUACUUAGAUGUUUGUUAGACUCAUUGAAAUGCAAAGAAGUGAAACGCCAGCGAUUGGCCAUCUGUUCGGAGCUGAGGAACAGUGACAACGUUGACGACGACACUAAGGCCCGGAUCAAGUCGUUCGCCACUUAUUCACAACUGACACCAAUCGAUAGCGUCUUCGGCGGCCAAUUGUUAUCGAGUAUCUGUUGUGAUGAGUGUCAGUACACAAACAUUAUAUUUGAACCCUUCUUUGAUUUAUCGCUUCCAUUAUCUCAUUUAAAAACAAAUCGCAUCGACACAAGUCCUGUUAUUGUCAAUAAAGGCAAGAAAGCUAAAGAUAAGGAUCAGACAAGUGAUAUAACAGAUAGUAAAGAACCUGAAGUUGAUUUUAACGAUAAGGAAAUAAGAAAUUUGACUCCAAAAGAACGCCGACAGAAAAGACAACAGAAAAAAGCGGCCAAACGUGAGGCCAAAGAGCAACGCAAAGUUGAGACUAAUUUUAAAAUUUUAGAAAAAGAAAAAGCAUUGGAAGAGACAAAUGAUGGUAAUAACGAUACUACAGAUCAAUCACCUGUUGGCGACUGUCGUGUAGAGGACUGGACUUUUGGCGGCGAAGUUAAAUCUGAGACAAAUGAAUUCAAAGAAGAAGCAGUGGAUGAACAUAAAAGUGAAAACAUUAAAGAAGAUAUGCCUAUAGAACCACUUUUUGAUGAUUUAAUUGAUACAACAUUUAAAUGUGAUACUAAAGACCUGAUCAACGAUGAGAUUACCGGUAAUAACAUUAAUAAUAAUUUUACAAUUGAUGAAUGGAAACCACCUGAAGAUAAUAAUAUAGAUGAAGACUACAAUAUUGGCAGUUUGUUUGAUGAAGAUCAACAAAAUGGUACCAAUUGUUGGGAUAAACAAAAUGGAUGGUUGGAUGACGGCUGGGAAGACAAUGGCUGGAACGGUGUCAAUGAUGAUAACGAAUUUCAAUAUAAUCAAUUGUUUUUUAAUGAUAAUGUCGAUAAUGAUACUAAUGACGCCUCACUACCUGUUUAUGGACCAGAAUUACCCCCUAAUGAGCUUAAUCAGGUCAAUGGCAAUGAUGACACUUCCGAUGGCGAAAAAGAAUGCGACGAAAAUAAAGCUCAAGAAUUAGACUUUAAUUCGUCUCUGGAAUUAGAGUCUGAGCUGUUGUUAAUGAGUAUCAGUGACACUAAAAAGUUGGACUUAAAACAGUCAACAGUUGUCGAUGGAGAUCAACAAUCGGUUACAAAAUCAUUGAACAUGAAUUCGCCUACAAUUAAGUGCAUAAUAUCAAAGUGUUUGGAGACAAUUAGUGACAAUCAAAUGGAAAAUUUGCCAAAUUUUGAUUUAAUCCGUUUGUUGUCCAACUUUACGAGUAUUGAGUCUCUAUCGGGUAAUAAUAAGUAUUUAUGUGAGAUGUGUACAAAAGCCAAUGGUUCCCAAAAAGUUUUUACUAAUGCCUCAAAGCGAGCACUGAUAGCCUUACCGCCACCAGUACUUACACUACAUUUAAAGCGCUUUGAAGCCGAGGGCGGCUAUCGUCGGUCCGUAAAUCUCAAGAAGAUUUCGACAUUUGUCUCAUUUCCUGCCGUUUUUGAUUUGUCUCAAUUUGUCAGCAAAAUGUAUAACUAUUUACAACCAAUUACUGGUCAGCCGACUGCUCAUAGAGUAAUCUAUUCACUCUAUGGUGUGGUCGAGCACUCCGGUAGCCUCAAGAGCGGUCAUUACACCGCCUUUGUUAAGCAUAGGCCUUACAAUCCGAAACAGAUAAAGAAGUUUUCAGUAAUCGAACCAUUCUUACCUAAACUGGAAAAUGUCCUCAAAAUGAUUGAAGACAAAUACUUUAGUAGUGAUGACACCAAUGAUAAUGAACAACCAUUAAUCAAUGGUCACACUAUGAAUGGCAAUUAUCAUCAAAAUGGACAAAACAAUGGCAAUACUGAUGACGACGACACAUAUUGUACUAAUGAUAGCGGAAAAUGGUUUUACAUUUCGGACACUUCGGUUACGUCUUCCUCAUUGAGUUCUGUAUUGAGAUCUCAGGCAUAUAUACUGUUUUACGAACGAAUAGCUUAACAUUAAUAUUAAUUAUAAU